UGCACGCGGCGGGAGCUGCUGGAGGUGCCCGCCAGCAUCUCGGUGAACACGCGGUACCUCAACCUCCAGGAGAACCACAUCCAGGUGAUCCGCACCGACACCUUCAAGCACCUCCGGCACUUGGAGAUCCUCCAGCUGAGCCGCAACCUGGUGCGGAAAGUCGAGGUGGGCGCCUUCAACGGCCUCCCCAACCUCAACACCUUGGAGCUCUUCGACAACCGCUUGACCACCGUCCCCACCCAAGCCUUCGAGUACCUCUCCAAGCUGCGGGAGCUCUGGCUGCGCAACAACCCCAUCGAGAGCAUCCCGUCGUACGCCUUCAACCGCGUCCCUUCCCUCCGGCGCCUCGACCUGGGCGAGCUCAAGCGCUUGGAGUACAUCUCGGAGGCGGCCUUCGAAGGGUUGGUCAACCUCCGCUACUUGAACUUGGGGAUGUGCAACCUCAAGGAGAUCCCCAACCUGACGGCGCUGGUGAGGUUGGAAGAGUUGGAGCUGUCGGGGAAUCGGUUGGGUCGCGUCCGCCCGGGUUCUUUCCAAGGCUUGGGGAGCUUGAGGAAGCUGUGGUUGAUGCACGCCCGGGUGGCGGCGGUGGAACGCAACGCCUUCGACGACCUCAAAGCCUUGGAAGAGCUCAACCUGGCC